AUGUCUAUCAUUAAAUACGCCAAUGAAGUGAGGAUUCAAUUGGAUCCCAACGGCAUAUUCGUUGUCGAAGACAAUGAUUCAAGAAAAUUGUUGGGAUAUUGUGCGGCUGUUAAUCUGUCCAAUGAAUUGGCAUAUAUUGGCGGAUAUUGUGUUCGUCCGGAAUAUAGGGGACACGGAAUCGGAAAAGACUUAUGGAAUACAGGAAUGGCACACAUGGGGGACAGGAAUAUCGCUAUCUUUGCCCUCAAUUAUAAGAUGUUUGAGAUUUAUAGGGAUUUGCAAAACUUUAAUUGUAUUCCAGACCGACGUAUACUUAAUAUGAGAGGACAACUUAAUCCAAGUAAAGACCUCAUCGACACAAUCGAUGGCAUCUCUUUGGUGUCCGUCAAUGAGAAUAACAUUAGAGAUGUGAUUGAAUACGACAAACAAAUUCCCGAAAAUAUCCAUUUAGUGGCCAUUAAUGAUAGGAAAGAAGUGGUCGGCUAUUGUUUUGUUGUGGAGAUGUGUUCGGGUAUUACGGGUAUUGCGCCCCUCUAUGCAGACAAUCAACAAAUCGCUGAGUUGUUGGCCAACAAAUGCUGUCAACGCUUACCACCGCAUAAGACAACUGACGUAUUGCUUAAGUGUUGGCAUCUAAAUGAAGGGGCCAUUGAAUUGGCAAAGAAGUUGGGUUUAAAUGAAGUUGGUCAACAAAUGACAGCUUUCUCUAAGAACAUUAUCCACAUAAAUACUGAUAAAAUCUAUUCUUUAAGCUCUUCGUCUUAUCAUCUUUAA